CCUCCCUCUACCCCCUCCUCGGGUUUCCUCUGUGCACUUCAAAUGCCUGAUACCCUGGGUAUGAGAAGCGGUUAUGUUACUGGGCCAGAAUCACUGAUCAGGCAGUAGGGUUUUACUUUCUGUAGAGGCGAGCAGCUACACCCCCAGGUCCUGUCUGGGCUUUGCAGAACGCUCCCGGGACACGGGAGCGGAGGAGCAAUCCGCCACGACUCGUCUGUGUUUCAUCAGCUCUCCGGGGCUGCAUUUCAGCAGGCCCCUUUGCCAGGGCCUCCCGGGCUGCGGCGUCAACAAGUGUCACACCUACUGCAGGGACAGCCCUCAAGUUUCAUCACAGUGAUGCUAAAAACUCUUCUCCAGCUUCAGCAAUGACCUAGUUCACUCAAGGGCAGGGAAAAAUGCUCUUCUUCCAGGACUGCCCUGGGCACGGAGCUUUCCCGUUUAGGAAGACUGGAGCUUUUCUGGAAACAGACCCAGCCGGGCUUUGACCAAUUCAUGGCAGAGACCCUGAUCCCUGUGACUCCUCUGAAUCUCUGUCGCAGGAACAGAAACACCCAAUCAAUGCUUUGCACACAGCCUGGGGCGUCCACCACCAAGCCAGCCCUCCUCUUACAGCUCCUGGACACAGUGUAUUGAAAAAUUUGCGUGGCAUGAGAGGAUGACAGAGCCCGGCGGCCCCCCGAGGCGCACACUUUGCUUUUUGUCUACGCUGCUUUCCCAGAAGGUUCCGGAGCGGUCGGACGCUGUACUUCGCUGCAUAGUAUAUGGUCAGCCCAAGCCAGAGAUAACUUGGUAUAAGAAUGGUCAAGCUAUAGAUGAAAGUGACAUGGUUUCCAGUUAUGAGUUCUUUGAGAACCAGUACAUCCACCUGUUACAUCUCUCCUGCUGUACCACAGACGAUGCUGCUGUUUAUCAGGUCACGGCUAAGAACUGCUCCGGGAUGAUCUGCUGCUCUGCUUCCAUUGAGGUCCAGUGCUCAACAGAGAACCCCCAACUCUCUUCUACCCUGGAAGGUGACAGGGACGCAGGUUGGGAACAGGAAACAGGGACACAUGAAGAGGGAAGUGCAAAUCAAACUGACAAGGAAGAAUGCCCUUGGGAGGAGGAAGGAAGCAUCUCUCGGGGUACGCCCCUGACCGCUGGUUCCGACCCCCACAAACUCAACUGUCCACACUCACUCCAGCUACGGGCCACGGACGCCACUCAUGCAUCCAGUUCUGAAACUGUCCCGGAUGUUAAAGACGCGAGGCAAAACAGUAACACAGAGGACUUGCUAGAUGGGUUGUGUUUUCUCCAUUCAACAAAUACUCCCGACAAACAAGAUGAGUGUUGUCCCCAGACGGGGCAUUCCCAAGUAGCACAGCCGAUGGGUGAUGGCCUCAAUGCCAGUGGCCCCAGCGAUGCAGAGUCAGCCUCCCGUCAUCAACAGCCCAAAGCACACAAGUACAUCAGCUGCAGCCUCCCACUCUCCCAGGUGACCGAAUGCCUUCACCCAAGAGCCAGCGCCCCGGGCCACGAGCAAGUCAGCCCACAAGUUUCCAGCGAAGACUCUGACAGUGACUAUGAACUCUGCCCAGAGAUAACCCUAACCUACACGGAGGAGUUUUCAGAUGAUGACCUGGAGUAUCUGGAAUGUUCCGAUGUUAUGACGGAUUACUCUAAUGCAGUCUGGCAAAGGAACCUGCAGGGGACUGACCAUGUUUUUUUAUUAGAAAGCGAUGACGAAGAGGUGGAAUUCAGUGAGUGUGGCCUGGGUGGGCGUGAGCAUUUCCUAAGUGUAAUGGGUUGUGGGCCUCGGGUGUCGGGUGACACCGGGCCUAUGGAUGCCACUGCUGGCUUCUGUGGUCAUCACUCACAACCCCAAGAAGUGGGGACGAGGAGCAGCGGCGCCUGCAGGCCCAGCUCCCCGGCCCUGGGUACGCUGAGACCUCACCCCGCAGGACCGGCCCCGCGGAAGGAACAGGGGAGCACUGCGGCACCCCCCACGGCUUCCGAGGCUGCGGAAAAUGAUUAUCCAGGAAUUCAAGGAGAAACCAGAGACAGCCACGAAGCGGGAGAGGAGUUGCCCGGCGACAUUCUGCUAACCACGGAGAGAGCAGUGGUAGAGAAGGAGUCGGAGCCCUGGGCUGGGGGGUCGGGGAUGAUGCAGUGCCCGGGGACUGUGGGGGAAAGGGACUCGGGGAGCAAGCAGGGCUCCCAGAAACCUCCCAGGGGGAGGCGCCUAGGAACCAAGGGAAGGCCCAGGCCGCUGAGCGCCAACCUGCCAGAAAGCGCCCCGGAGUCCCCGGAUCUCCUCCAUCCCUGGGACGCUGCUGAGCACCCACCGAUCUGGAGUGCUGUGAGAGGGGCUCCCCUCGCCAGGGCAGACGCUGCCGCCGGGACUGCCUGUGUCCGUGCAGGAGAACGUGCUAGACCAGCCCAGACACAGCGAGCCGCCAAACCCCUUCCCACGCCCGCAGCCUCACUCCCCCAAGGAAGGGAUGCAAGCCUUGCAGGAGAACAGAUGCAGGGGAAUGACCCGAAGGAAAGAAGCCAGGUUCCAGACCACAGCGAUCCUCUUCAGGUGCAAACACAGGACAUGCCCGGGGAGAGAACCUCUCUCUGCCAGAUGCCAGCUUCCUCAGUGCCUGGUGGGCAGGAGGCUCCGUUCACUGGGACCACAGCAAACUCCUCCCCCAACUCAGAAGGAAUCCACAGGGAAAACUCAUCACUGGCUCAACUCCUGGAGGCACAAAGCUGCACUCAGGGCCCACAGCAGGCAGGAAAAGAAGAGAACACACCCAGAGGCUUCUGGAAAGACCUAGAACAUGUGCUGAGCACCCCAGCAGUCAGUGAAGGAAGCACGUCCCUGGGUACAUUCUCAGCUUGUCUCCCCAGGGACCCCAGCACUGCCCACAGGCAGCACACCUCUCUCUCUGUUGCUGGCCCUGAACCCAAACCCACGGAUACUGCCCACACCUUGGAAACCAUGUGUGAUGGCUCAAGGGACAGAGGAACAGUGUGUGUGACAGAGUGCUUUGAAGCUGGUGACCAAGGAACACGUUGUGAUACCACGGGUUCUCCUGUUGGAGCCUCAGUUGAUACAUACGUGCCUCAAGAAAUGUGCUCCAUGGGCUCCAAGCUGGCUGAAGGUCAAAGUGAAGAGCGUGAUUUACGUUCUCCUGAGGACAAGACGCCGGGUGUUUUUUCUCAAGCACAAGGCCCCGAGCCUCUCCGGACUACAUGCGAAACAUCCCCUGUUUUCAUCAGUACUUUCACCUGGACCAUCUCACGCGAGAACAGCGAAGCUGACGCAGAGGACAAGCCAGCCGGGGUGGGGAAUUCCACCUCCACCUUGGCCUCCACGGUGCAGGCUGUCCAGGAGGAGCCAAGCCCUGGGAAUUGGCAAGUCCUCGAAGCAACACAGUUCCUUUUUUCUCAGGACAACUCCUGGGUGCGGUUUAAAGCAGGAGGUGCCCCAGACACACUGGCCAGUCACAGUCCAAGCAUGGAUCAGCCUCAGGGGAAGUCCCCAGCAUUGCCCACCAGCGUUGAGUGUCUCCAGGGGACAGGGAAGAUGGAGGAUCCAUCAGUUGCUACUGUGGCUACAGAAGCCCACGUGGCCAAAUACCGAGCCAUGUCCAUCGCUGAGAACAGCCACGCAGAUGGUGCCCAGAAGGGCCCAAGAGUCUCCCAUGGGCAACCAGGCCCCGCUGUAAGGGGUCCCACAAAUGAAUCGACAAAAGAGCGGCCUUGCGUGGUACCCAGGGCCCCAGGACGUCAGGGGUGUGUGGCCCAGCUCCCAGCGGGCGAGGGUCUCUGCAGCAAUCCCCCUCUUCAGAUCGCUAGCCAGUCUGCGGACACGGCAGUCAACAGGCGCCUUGGAGAGGAGUGCCAAGACGGAGGAGGUGAAACACAGUGGAGAGGCAAGCAGGACCACUUGUCCCUCCAGGGUUCGCUCUCUGCCCAUGACUUCCGCGGAAGCCUGCCCACCACGUCUGCUGCCCAGGAGGGAGCACCCUCGGUGCCCCUGGACCACGUCCCAGCAAACUCCAGGGAAGAAGGCAGGCAGAGCCCGGGCCUGGGUACGAGCGGCUCCGUGGUGACUGAAGCCAUUGUGGCCACAGACAGUCAGGCUCUGAGCGCCAUUCCGUCUCUCUCCGAGAUCCUCCUGGACAUACCUAAGGAGACUGGACUAGGAGGCUGGGAAGCAGGCAGAAAGCUGAAGAUUAUUACGCUCGAGGCUCCUCUGUCAGAGAUCUGGCCACCAAGACAAGCGGCAGAUUCUGAGUACAAGGCGUCAGAUGUUAGUCCCCAAAUUCCUGACCACAGCUGGGCUGUAUCUGAUGCUCUAAAGGCGAGCGGUGCCCCGUCGGACCCGGACGGCCUGGAAACCGCAGCAUCGGCGAUGCGCCGUCCUCAGGAUCAGUCUCAUCUGGCCCUUGCAGACAGCGGAGAGACGCGCAGAGGCGGACGGCCCGCCUCCAGCACACACUGGAGCAGUCUCUCUUCCCAGUCUCUGAGCCAGGCCGGGCUGCUGGAGUCCUCAGUGGACCCCAUAGACGAGACGGAGUUAUCCGUCGGGGAUUUGCUGUCAGAGACUUCCGAAACUGGGGGGAAAGAACGUGUCAGGAAUGCGAGUAAGGACCCCCAGGAAACCCAAUUUGAGCUGGCGCGCCCCAUCUCGUUUAAAAGGCUGCUGAGCUGCCCGGGCAUCCUGGAGUCCUCUGUGGAUCCCACGGAUGUCACAGCUGCCGUGGAGCGCACCCGGGUUGAGAAGCCAGAGCCUUCCGAAGCCACCCAGGGGGCCACGGGACAGGGGAACGAUGGACAUUUGGGUCAGAGAGCGGGCGUCCAACCUGCUCUUCUGCAAAGUCCAUGUCCCCAGGAAGGGAGAGAAAUCAGCCAAGACCAAGAGUACAGCGAGAGACAGGAUGAACACGACCAGGCAGGUGCAACAGUCACUCCCACCACUGGGCCAGUCCCACGUCCUGACCACUGCAGAGAAACAGUUCCCAGGGGAAGCAGCCUAAGCCAAACCCAGGAAGUGGGCAACGCGGAGCACAGCCUCCCCGCUCCACCUCUGUCCAGCUGUCCUGCAGCACCGGCACCUGCACCUGUUGGGCUUGAGACUCACAACCUCACAGGUCAGAACCAGGACAUCCCUGUGAAUGACUUGGGUGAGCAACGUGUGUUUUCUGACGCAAAGGGAAAAGGAGCCAUCGAGAAGGAGCCCGAGAGACACGUGCUGCCUUCCAGAGACUUCACGCCGUCCCCUCGUGCUUCCUCUCCAGAAAGAAACAUCACACACCUCUCCAGGAGCCGUAGCAUUGAAGAACCGAACAUGAAGGCACUUCAGACUGGGGAAAGCAAACCCCCAAGCUCAUCCGGCUCCCCAGAAAUGACCUUGGCACCCAUUCCAAGAGAAUGGGAGCCAGAGAAAGCCCUUAAGUUACUGCAGACCUCGACUCAGAAGGGCUGCAGCCUGAGCAGAGGGACGAAGUCGAGGGAGAAGUGCAUCCCCAUGGCAGCACAGCCAGCCAGAGGCCCGGCAGCCCCAGCGGCAGGGCCUGGAGCAGGCGAGGGCAAGAAGAAGCAAGAGGUCCCCGCAAGUGGACACUUAGCUGAGGGAGUAAAGAAGAAAAUCCUGUCCCGCGUGGCAGCCCUGCGACUGAGGUUGGAAGAGAAGGAAAACGCCAGGAAGACCACGAGCUUUCUUAAAAAGAUCCCUAAGCCAGAAACAUCGUUACCAUGCGCAGAUGAGGAGAGGCACCCCAAAACGCCACCUUGCAAGAGAGAAGGCAAAGCUCCAGUGUUACUGAGAAAGAUCCAAGCUGAGAUGUUCCCUGAUCGCUCGGGAAAUGUCAAAUUAAGCUGCCAGUUUGCAGAAAUUCACGAAGAUUCUACCAUCUGGUGGACAAAAGAUUCAAAGUCAAUAGCCCAAGUACAGAGAAGCGCAGGGGACAACUCCACGGUCUCCCUGUCCAUCGUCCAGGCCAGCCAGGAGGACCAGGGCCUCUACACUUGCUGCCUUGAGAACAGCUACGGGAAAGCCUCGGCUCAGUUCCACCUCACGGCUGAAGUUCUCAAACAGCUGUCGGGUCGCCAGAACACCAGAGGCUGCGAAGAGAUUGAGUUCAGCCAGCUUAUCUUCAAGGAAGACUUCCUGAGCGAGAGCUACUUUGGGGGCCGCCUGCGGGGCCAGAUUGCCACCGAGGAGCUGCACUUCGGGGAGGGGGUGCACCGCAAAGCCUUCCGCAGCACGGUCAUGCGGGGGCUCACGCCCGUCUUCAAGCCCGGCCACGCCUGCGUGCUCAAGGUGCACAACGCCGUGGCCUACGGGACCAGGAACAACGACGAGCUCAUCCAGAAAAACUACAGACUCGCCGCCCAGGAAUGCUACGUUCAAAACACUGCCAGACAUUAUGCCAAGAUCUAUGCUGCAGAAACACAGCCUCUGGAAGGCUUUGGAGAAGUGCCAGAGAUCAUCCCCAUCUUCCUCAUCCAUCGGCCUGAGAACAACAUCCCGUACGCCACCGUGGAGGAGGAGCUGAUCGGUGAGUUCGUGAAGUACUCCAUCCGAGACGGGAAGGAAAUCAACUUUCUGAGGAGAGACUCAGAGGCCGGUCAGAAAUGCUGUACCUUCCAGCACUGGGUGUACCAGAAAACAAGCGGCUGCCUCCUGGUGACGGACAUGCAGGGCGUGGGGAUGAAGUUAACUGACGUGGGCAUAGCUACGUUGGCCAAAGGGUACAAAGGGUUCAAAGGCAACUGCUCCAUGACCUUCAUCGACCAGUUUAAGGCACUGCACCAGUGUAACAAGUACUGUAAGAUGCUGGGGCUGAAAUCCCUUCAAAACAACAACCAGAGGCAGAGGCGGCCGAGCCUGGGGAAAAGCAGAACGCAGGCGAGCUCCGUGGCAGCGAGGAAGCCGGGGCCCGGGAGCCCAGCAGAUAAGACAUCGUAACGUGGCCAGCGGCGCCCCACGCAAGAGAACGCUCAGGCCCAGCCCGCAGAGCUCCCAGAAGCUUCCACCCCCUGCACCUGCUGUCCUACCAGAGGCUGUCGGAACAGCCAUUUCUGACCAGACUCCGGGAGACACUGCAACAGGUGGCAGCCUCAAAGACAGUCUCCGCUCCUCGGAUACUCGGUCAGCGUCUUGGCCCACCUCACGUCAUGUGUGUGUCUGUGUAGUGCACGUGGUUGUGUUGUCAAGAUCCCUCCCAUUCCCACUCCUAACCUCAGAUCUCCAGACGUACCCAGCUGCAAUGGGAACGGAAACCAGGAUUCCCAUACUGGGUCAAGCUCCUGAGCCAGUGUUGAGCGUGCCAUCGUGGCUGGGCUGGUUUUUGACACGUAAGGUCCUUCCCUUGGUGACCACACAGCCAGUUAGUGUUCUGUCGCAUUAAAUUCCUAUUGAAACAAAAAGUGCAAGGUGUAUAUGUCA